AUGAUUCAGGGUUUUCAUCGCCAGCUAAACACCGCACUGUGGGCCACAGAAGACGUAGGAAACUGGGCAGAUAACCUGGCCCUUGCACUCCUCGGCCUCCGCGCAGCUCUGAAGUUGGAUCUGGGCUGUAGCGCAGCUGAAUUGGUUUUCAGCACUACCCUCCGACUGACAGGCGAGAUGGUCAGUCCAAUCUCUCGUGUCACCGACGAGACCUCUGACAAUUUUGUGUACCGUCUGCAGCAAUUCAUGCGCUCGCGUUCCCCGGAUAUACCUCGAACUCCAACGACAAAGUCCUAA